AAGCGUGGCCAGGCGAAGAAUAGGAAUUGAAAGCUCUCCUCGUGGAGGAGGGAGGGGGAAUUUACAGUCUGCUAAUCCCCUUGUCCUCAAUCUUUCUCCAACAGUCCUGUAGAGGAUGGAGCAGGACGCACCUGUGGGACGUGGUAGAAAUCCUGAGAUUCCAACAAACUCACAACUUUCUAGGGUGGAGGAGAGUGUGCUGUCUGAGGAGAAGAGGCUGACGGUCAGAGGUGCCUCCCCAGAAGACCCAACUAUGUGUCUACCUGCACGGGUACGAAAGAUUGUCACCAAGAACCUCAACGAGAGCUCACCAGGAACCAGGUUCUCAGUGAUGUCUGUCCAAGAGGAGAACCGGGUGCUGCAGGUAGAGCUGGGAAGGAUGGAAGACCUGCUGGCCCAUAGCAAGGCGGACCGCGAUGAGCUGGCUAUCAAAUACAGCGCAAUCAGCGAGAGGCUAGAGCAUGCACUCUGCCUGGAGACGAGUGACGGGGAGCAGGGUUCACCAGGGUCUCGCAGCCUGGCUCAGCAGAACGUGGACCUGCGCCGGCGUCUGGAUGAGGAGCAGGCGGCCUACAAACGUAAACUCACAGCCUACCAGGAGGGCCAGCAGAGACAGGCUCAGCUGGUGCAGAAGCUGCAGGCCAAGAACACACAAAUGAGCACAAAACAGGUCCUGCAGUACAAGAAGAGGUGUGGAGACCUGGAGCAGACUCUAGUGGAGAAGUCCUCGGAGCUGGAGCGGCACAGACUGAGUGGCCGUUGUGAUCUGUCCAGCAACAGUCACCGCGGAGAAGAGGUGGAUCCAUGCUGCGACUUGGAAAAUGCUCUGAUCCGGUUGGAGGAGGAGCAGCAAAGGAGCAGCAGUCUGUCUGCAGUGAACGCCAUGCUGAGAGAGCAGUUGGAGCAGGCAGGACUGGCCAAUGAGGCACUCAGCCAGGACAUACGCAGGCUCACUGCUGAUUGGUCUAAAUCCAGGGUGGAGCUGGAGCAGAGGGAGUCUGAUUGGAGGAGGGAGGAGGAGUCUUUCCACAGUUAUUUCAGCAGUGAGCACAGUCGUCUACUAUGUCUAUGGCGACAGGUGGUGGGCUUCCUUAGGCAGGUGUCUGAGCUGAAGAGCGCUACAGAGAGAGACCUGUCUGACAUGCGUAACGAGCUGGUACAGACCUCCCACUCUAUCCAGUCAUCCUGCUCCGGCCUGUCCUCCACGAUGCGCAACCGGGAGGGAAGGACGGCCCUGGCUCUGGAGCGGGAGGUGGCGCUGCGGGGGCAGCUGGAGCUGCAGCUCAGAGAACGGGUGGCCGAGAUGAUGAGCCUGCAGACCAGGACAGACGCAGAGAGGGCCGAGCUCAACGCCAGGUGGUCAGAUGCAGUGCAAGAGUGGGAGAGGCUGAAGGGGCAGACUGAGGAGAGAGACAGAGACAUGGCCUCUCUUAUCAGGAGACUGGAGGAGCAGAAUGGCAACGAUGAGACAGACAUGCAGGUGAUGAGAGCUCAUACUGAAACACUGCUGGACACACUGAGAGACAUCGCACAGACUGUCCUAUCUGAUGGGGACUCGUCAUCAGAGGCAGACCAGGAGAACACCGGAUCCUCUAUUGGCUCUGCUCCGUGGCUCCUCCCCUCACCGCUCCUCGUCAUCACGGCGAUCCAUCUCUCCCAGACGUACUCCUCGUUGGCACCCGUCCCAGAAGCCAGCCUGUCUGCCCUGCGCUCUGUUGUCAACAGCAGACAUCUCCAGCUGCAGGAGGCCCGGGGGUGCCUGUCCUCUGCCCAUUCAUCAUUGCAGACACUGCGCAGACAGCUCGCAGAGGCGGAGUCAGCCAAGCGAGAGGCAGAGCAGCGCAGUCGGACCCUGCAGGGAGAGAGGGAUGGAUUUCAGAUAGAAAAAGACACCACGCAGAGAGAGAGAGAACGUCUGAAACAAGACAGAGACACACUGGCGAGCGAGAAGAUGGCUGUGGAGAAGGCAGCCCAGACAGCUCUGAUCAAGGCCCAGAUCCUGCAAAUGGACUAUGAAAAGCUGCAGCAGGCUGUGACGUCGGCCCAGAGAGAGAGGGAUCACGAGAGAGAGGAGAAGGAGGCCGUUCUGCAGGAGAGAGACCGAGCCGAGGCUGAGACCGAAAAAGUUCAGAAGCAGUGGGAGCAGAGUGAGAGCCGGGCGUCUGUCCAGCGAGGGGAGCUGUCUGUAGUGAGAGAGACCCACCACCAGGCAGAGGUAGAGAAGCAGCUGCUGGAGGGGGAGAAGGUCCAGCUCACUGAAGCUCUGAACCGGGCUGAGAGCACUAAUGCAGAGCUCUCUCUGCUGGUCAAUAAGCUUCACUCUGAGGAGGCUGCCCUCCAAGACUCUCUGGCCAAGAUGGGCAGCAUGAACGAGGGCCUGGCCCAGGACAAGUCUGACCUUAACUCCAUCAUCUGCCAGCUGGAGGAGGAGAAGGUCCAUCUGCAGGCCCAGAAGCGUGAGGCGGAGCAGGAGAAGCUGACCAUCAGAGAUGAGCUGGUCCGAGUGGAGCAGGACAGACUAGAGCUGGACACCGCCCGCCUCGCCCUCCACCAAUCACUGCAAGAGUCUGAGCUGAGCAGGGUGGUAAUGGAGGCGGAGCUUCAGAGUCUCCGGGCAGAUAGAGUGAAGCUGCAGGACAAAGUCACUCAGUUGUGUGGCGAGGUGAGCUCUCUGGGGGCGGAGUUGGGCAUGGCCCGGGGUGAGGAACAGAGGCAGGGUGUGGCCCUGGAGGAAGUAGGACGGGGCAGAGUGGAGCUGGCUAGAGAGAGAGCGGGGCUGGUGGUCCAGCUGACUGCGUCAGAGAGAGAGAACAUCAACCUGACUGAGGAGCUGGCCACAUUCAGGUCGGAGCGGGAGGCCCUGGAAACCAGCCUGUUUGAGGAGCAGCAGCAGCUGGUGCAGCUGGAGUCUGGCAGAGAGCGGCUGGAGACAGAGAUCCAGAGCCUGCGUCUGCGCUGUGAGACAAAUACUGCGGAGCUGAGGCGUGUGCGUGCCGAUGGGGAGAAUGCACUGGCACAGAGUGAGAGGGAGAGAGAGGCUCUGAGCCAGGCCCUGAGCAGCACCCAGCAGGAGUUCCAGCAGGCCCUACGCACCACCAUCACUGACCACCAGGAGGAGGCAGAGAGACUGACCGCUGAGAAGGAGGCCCUGCGUCACAGUCUGGAGUCUGAACAGGAGGGGGCGCUACGCCGAGUCAGACAGGAGGCCGAAGAGCAGGUCCUCAGAGCCGAGAGAGACCGGGAAGACCUGAGAGAUGAAGUGAGGAGUCUGCAGCACGACAGAGACCAGAGUCUGCUACAGGCAGAGACAGAGAAACAACAGAUGCUGUCCCAGAAGGAAGCAGAGAAGGCUGUGCUGUCUGAGAGAGUGUCCAUCCUGCAGGCAGAGCUGGGUACUGCAGCCCUGGAGCUGGACAGACUAGCCAGAGAGGCAGCUCAUUACAAAGACCAGGAGAGGGCCUCAGUGGGAGCUCUGACCAUUGAGUUACUGGAGCUUCGCUCUCAGCUGGAGGAUGCUGACAGUGUUCAUGAUCGGGAGCUACACAGGCUGCAGGAGAACUGCACUGACCUACAGACACAAACAGACAUUGCACUCAAAGAGUUGGAGGAGUGCAGAGCUUCUCUCUCAGCCAGUGAGGAGAGCCGAGACCAGGUGAGGCGGGACAUGAUGGAGAUGGAAAGGCGCAUCAACCAAACCCGGGACACUGGAGAGGGGUACAGAAGGGACGGGGUGGAGCUACGGCGCACCCUCGGUGAUGUCACCAAGGAGAGAGACACUCUCAGCCUAUCAAAUGCCCAACUGAGAGAGACACUGAGAAGUGCAGAUACUGAAAGAAUCAGUGUAAAGCGUCAGUGUGAGGAGAAGGAGCACCGGCUGGCUGUUCUGGAGGAGAGCCUGUCGUCUGCCCAGAGAGAGGUGGCUGAACUCCGCAGCUGUUUGAGAGAGGUUGAGAGGUCACGACUGGAGGCCCGGAGAGAGCUGCAGGAGAUACGGAGACAGGUGAAGGUGCUUGAUGGAGAGAAGGAACAGAAAGGGAAGGAGGUGGCUGAGCUGCAGACACGUCUCUCCCUGGAGGAGCAGAGAGAGGAGGAGAGAGGGAGGGCGAUGUUCUCUCUCAAACAGAAGCUGGUCGAGGCUGACACAGCCAUGACCUCCAUCAAGAAAGAGCUGUCCAUCCUCCAGAGGCGUCUGACAGAGUCAGAGUCAGGCUGUCGGGGCUGUGAGAGGGAGCUGACGGCCCAGCUGCAGGAGGCCCGGGGCUGUGAGAAGAAGCUCCAAGAUGAGGCCAGGAACCUGUCCCUGCGGGCCCAGACAGCCCAGGACUCCCUCACACUGUCUAGCCUGCAGCUCAGCGAGGCCCAGGGCCGCCUGGCAGCCACCGAGGCAGAGCUGGCCCGGUCCGAGGCCGGACGCAGGGAGCUGGAGUUCCGCCUGGGCAGCCUGCAGUCGGCGCUGACCCGUACACUGGGCAUCGGAGUGGGAGGCCGGAGCAGUGCCAGCUGGGGCAGGAGCCCCAGGGGGAGCUCCCCAGCAGCAUCCCACAGCAGCAUCACACGUCACCGUAGCCUCUCGCCCCUACGCUGCUCACUGUCGCCCCCUAAAGAUUUUGGAGGUUCGACCCCUGACAACACGUUGGGCUGCUCCAGGCAGAUCUCCCCAGAACGGGGUGACACGCCCCUCCCCAUGCCUCUGCCUGAGCUGGACCCUGAGACGCUGCGCUGCGGCCUCAGAGACUUCCUCCAGGAGCUCCGAGACUCUCGGAGAGACAGGGACGAGGCUCGCUGCCAGUUGGGGGCGCUACAGAGUGUGCUGGAGGAGAUGACGGGGGAGAGAGACUCCGCCCAGAACCACCUUUCUCAGCUACACAACACACUGCAGGAGUGCCAGGAGGGUAAGCGUGGUGUUGACGGGCGUCUGAGCUCCACCCAGGCCAUGCUCCAGCAGCAGGAGGAGACGGUGAGGAGGGGAGAGAGGGAGAGGAGGGCCCUCACUGACAGAGUCAAGGUUCUGGACAGAGCCCUGCAGACUGCAGAGACUGAGAGGAAACACACACAGGACCAGUUGAGUAAGCAGCGUGCGGGCGAGGUGCGUCUGGAGGCUGAGCGGAGGAGACUGCAGGAGGCCCUGGAGACUGCCGAGGCCCGGGGGACCAGGGUGGAGCUGGGGAGACGCAGCCUGGAGGGGGAGCUGCAUAGACUCAAACUGAGCCUCGGGGACAGGGAGGCUGAGAGCCAGGCCACCCAGGAGCGCCAUGACGUACUACUCAAACAGGUGGCGGAGGGGGAGAGCCGUGUGACGUCGCUCCAGAGAGAGGUGGAAAGGCUGAGCCAAGCUCUGUCUAAAGUCCAUGAAGGAGAGGCCUGUCUCAGAGAGAAGACCCAGAACCUUUCACAGAGCCUCCAGGAGGCCACGGCUGCCCACAGCGCCACACAGGGGCGCCUGGUCGCACUGCAGAAGACCCUGGGGCUGGCCGAGCAGGACCGCAGGCAUCUACAGGAACGAGUGGAUGUAGCUCGGGCCUCCCUGGCGGAGGGGAAGAGAGGCAUGGUGGCCCUCACUGAGCGAGUGCAGAGCCUUCAGACUGAGCUGACCCAGAGCGAGCUGAGACGAGGAGAGCUGGAGGCAGAGCUGGCCCACACACAGGAGGCCCUGCAUCAACGGUCCACCAGUCUGACAGAGGCCCAGUACAGUGCCCAGUCAGCCCAGGCAGAGAGAGCGGCUGCAGAGGAGAGGCUGCGGGGGCUGCAGAGGGCCGUGGCCGUGCUGGAGACCGAGAAGAAAGAUGCGGAGAGACAGGCUGUCCGCCUGGAGAAGGACAAAAAUGCAUUGAGAAAUACACUGGACAAGGUGGAGCGUCAGAAGCUGAAGACUGAGGAGGGUAGCAUGCGUCUGUCUGCAGAGAAGGGCCUCCUGGAUCGCUCCCUCACCACUGCCGAGCAGGAGCUGCAGAACGCACAGAGACAGAUAGCACUGCUACAGGCCCAGCUGGCUGAGAUGGAGCAGUCCCACAGUGAGAGUGAGAGCUCUGUCCUCCAGCAUGAUGAGGUGCUGCGUGAGGCGGAGAAGCUGAGGGUCGCCCAGAGGGAGUUAGAAAGGAUUCUGGCUGCCCGGGACAGAGCACACCGCCACCGUGUCAAAGGCCUGGAGGAGCAGGUGUCCACUCUGAAGGAGCAGCUACAGCAGGAGAUGAGCCGUAGACAGCCCUCUCUACCCACCUCCCUCAUAUCUGGGGGGAACUGAGCACUGAGCAGCGCUCCCUGUGUCCCUCCAUGGGUACUACAGCCCACUAACAGCUCCAGAACCAGUAUCACAUCAUCAGCUCCUCUGUCUUGACACACGCCUCUCCUCCUACUCAGGGAGAAAGUCAGCGACACCACGGGAGGAGACUGUGGGUGAUAAAAGUGUCAUCCAGCACAACAGAGGAAUGAGAUCCUCAUCUCUGCCAGUAUAUACAGUUGACCAGGGUUCCCUUCCACACACACCAGCAUACAAUGGGAGAACAGUCUGAGUCACUGUUUGAGCACUAGGCAACAAAUUGAUCCUAUGAAGAAACUACUGUACCGUCCAUCUUGCUAGUAUUUGGUUGAGAUUGACCCAACUAGUUUGCCUGGACUAAUAGAUGGACACUAUUAUAUGUAGAGCACGUGAUAUAUAGACAUGAGAUGAAAUAUUUAUGCACUGUAUGUGUGUACUGUUUGUGAUUUUAGAUGUGUGUAUACUGAACAAAAAUAUUAAUGCAACAAUUUCAAAGAUUUUACUGGGUAACAGUUCAUAGAAGGAAAUCAGUCAA